AACAGUUAAGCGAAAGCUUCUUAACACUUUCAUUACCGCUACGAUUUUCACGAUGUUUUCUCGGGAGCCGCCUACAUUUUACGUUGGACUCGCUAGGUGAGUCGCCGGCGCUGCGAUACGAAUCAUUCGACUCGCCACGCGAGUUCAGUGGCAUUGCGUUAGGGUAAAAACUAUGUUCUGUUAUUUUUGUGGCCGUGACAGUGUACGUUACGUGUUUAAAGCAAUUAACUAGUAUAUGGUGUAAUUUAACAAAAAGAAAAUGGCAAGAAACACUAUAAAUAAACGAAAAGUGCUACAUGUGCCAGAAACGGAGGCUUACGACGAUGAUUUAACUCAGAUGGAGGAGGAGAUACCAAGAAAGCGACAAUGCGUAGAAGAUCAUUCAGAACAUUUUAAAGAAGACGACUCUAUGGCGCUGUUUGAAAAUAAUUCUCAAGAUUGGGAUGACAACAAUAUUAAGUAUCAGACACGUGACAAAUCAACAAAUACGACAAACUUGAAUCUUACUGAAAGCGGCACUCAAACUAAUAAUACAGAUAAUUCAAAUUAUAUACAGAGGGCCAACGAAGGUUUUGGCGUUUUUAUUGGAUGUGAACUUCAAAAUGUGCCUAUUUUUAAAAGGCGUUUUAUUAUGUAUCAGAUGAUUAAACUAAUUGAAAACAAUUCACAGAAUAUUUAAAGUUUGAUAACUGGCACUAAAAAUUAUAGAAUGACUGAACCGCAAUUAUGAAAGAUUGUUAGUAAAUAGUUUCUUUACAUGUUGAUUAGUUGUUAAUUAUUAUUAAUAUUAUUUUUAAUAUGUUAAUUAUUUGAUCUACAAGACUGAGUUAGUCUAAAGGCUGUGCUAAUGAAAAAUAAAUCAAUAAUAAUAUUUUUGUUAAGUGGAAAUUCGUUAGGUAAAUAAAACAUUAAAUUAAUGUAAACUUGAUUUUUAUUACACAACUUAUAUACUAAAAAAUUAAACAAUUUAAAUCAACUCAAAAUAAAUCAACAAUUUUUUAGGCAACACUCUUGUUAUUUCAAUUAUUCUUAAUAUUUAUGAUACGGUCUAAAACACUUUAUACAUAAUCCAGGCUGACCAGGGCAAUCUUCGCAUGCAAAUAUGGUUUGCACCCUUUUUUUUAAUGUGCGCCAACAUU